CCAGGAUUUCUUGAACAUGGGCGGGCAGCGGGCUUCAAGCUAUCCAGCAUUUAACUCUCUGGCGAUUCGUCGGAACCCCAUUUUCCCGGCUAUCAAUAUUAAAGCAUACGAUUUGGGAUGAGAAAGAGUUGAUAUGUGAAGAAAUAGGUGGUUGAAAUUACGGUACCGACUGUUGCUAUAGAGAUAAUUGGGUAGAAGGAAACAAGAAAGUGAUCAAAAAAGGGCUCUGGUUAUUUCAUGGGGAAAACAUGGAAACUUUCUAAGGGUUGCUCCUCCGGGGUUUUGAGGGAUUAGCCAUCAAUGGCGGCAUCAAACGAUUUUGGGUGCUCGGGUUCGGUUGAUACUCAGUCAACUUUUCCAGAGGAUUCUGAUACCCCUAAAAAGAAACCUAUAAGCUUGAAUGUGGAUGGUUUUGAUAGGUCUACUCUGCCAAUACAGGCCUUUUCUUUGUCUAGGAUGUCACUUUUGCAGAGGAGGGAUUUGGAGAUAAAACUGAAAAAUGAACUUGAACAAGUUAGGAUGCUUCAGAAGAAGAUAGCUUUGUUGAGCUCAAAUGCCACUAUUGAUAUGCAUUGUUAUGGUGAUGGCCCAAAAAGACCAGCCAAGGUGGAAAGUUGUCCGAUUUCUGUGAAUAAACUGGCUGCAGUGCUGGAGAAGAAAACUGUUCCUUGGGGAAGAAGUGCUUCCCACAUGAAGGGUGGGGCCAUAUCAGCUAGGCAGACUGAGUUGGAGAAGAAGCACAGUUUGCGACAGAAUACCAGUCAUGUAAGGUUAAUGAAACAAUGUGAGACACUGUUAAAUCGGUUGAUGAAGCAGAAAAAUGCACCAAUCUUUAAUAGUCCGGUCGAUAUUAUAGCAUAUAAUAUUCCUGAUUACUUCAAAGUCAUUAAGCGUCCAAUGGACUUCGGGACAGUUAAAACUAAGUUACUUUCAUGGCAGUAUUCCAGUCCAGAGGGGUUUGCUGCAGAUGUGAGGCUAACUUUAAAAAACGCAAUGACUUACAAUCCGCCAGGACAUUAUGUCCAUCUCAUGGCCGAGAAGAUGAACAAUUUUUUUGAAGUGAGAUGGAAACAAAUUGAGAAGAAGAUUUCUGUAACAAUGGACGAAUCCGUGCUAUUAAAAUCAAGUGCUUUAAUGGAAGCAGAAACUCCUUCCAUACCCCCUGCUAAGAAGCAGAAAAUCACUUCUGCUGAAAACAAGUUCAAGCAAAAAUCAGUUGAGCCUGUUAUGAGUAAUGUAGAGAUUCGAAAAUUGGAAGUAGAAUUGGAUCUGUUGCUGGAAGAAUUGCCAGAAAAUAUUAUUAAUUUCCUGAAAGAGAGCACUUUGAAUGGAAGACAUGUGAAUGAGGGUGAGAUGACCAUUGAACUUGACACUCUCAGUGAUAAUACCCUGUUCAAGUUACGGAAACUUUUGGAUGACUACAUAGCGAAGAAGCAGAAAAAUCAAGCAAAAAUAUGGCGGUGUGAAACUGAGCAGAUACAGAAUGAGUCAGGGUACAGAAAUUCAAAUGUUCAGCCUUGCAAAGGCAGUGAGCCAGCUGAGGGGGACGUGGAUAUUGCCAGAAAUGAUAUAGCUAUCUCAAGCUUUCCUGAUGUAGACAUUAAUAAGGAUGCUACUCGAAGUGAUAGUCAAUGCAGUAGUUCAAGUAGCUCCAGUAGUGAGUCAGGCUCGUCUUCUGCUGAUUCCGACUCUGGAAAUUCUUCUGGCAGUGAAUCAGAUGGCGUGGAUGAUUCAGUUCCUGCUAGUGCUGCUAAGGAAACCGUAGUUUCUGGGGUAGAGAAGGAAAAUGAUCUCGGUGAUGUAAAUACUAGAGAUUUUUUGAAUGGCCAUACUACACGAAAUUCCCCUACAAAAUCUGCCUCUGCUGAGCCUAACUGUCGCCAAGAGGGUGAGAUUGCUCCACCUGAGAGGCAAGUCUCCCCUGGAAAGCUUUUGGAUGACCAUGCAGGGAAGAAGCAGAAAAAUCUAGCAAAAAAUUGGCCUUACAAAAUUGAGAUGCGCAAUGAGUCAGGGUACAGCGAUUCAUAUUUGCAUCCUGGCAAAGGCAAUGAGCCAGCUGAGUGGGACGUAGAUAUAACCGGAAAUGAUACACCUACCUCAAGCUAUCCUCAUGUAGAGAUUGAUAGUCAGCGUAGAAGUUCAAGCAGCUCUAGUAGUGAUUCAGGCUCUUCUACUGAUUCCGACUCUGAAAAUUCUGCUGGCGGCGAAUCAGAUGCUGUGGAGUAUUCAGUUCCUGCAAGUAGUGCUAAAGAAAAUGUAGUUCCUGAGGCCAAGAAGGAAAGUGAUCUCGGUGAUGUAAAUACUAUAGAUUUAUUGAACGAGCGUACUGUGAGAAAUUCACCGUCAAAAUCUGCCUCUGUUGAGCAUAUCUGUUGCCAAGAGGGCAAGUGUGCUCCACCCGAGAGGCAAGUCUCACCUGAAAAGUUUUACCGUGCAGCUCUGUUGAGAAGCCGAUUUGCAGACAUCAUAAUCAAAGUCAAAGAGAGUACUUUUGGAAAGGAUCCCAAGAAAUUAGAGCUUGACAGAGAAGAGUUCGAAAGGUGGAGAAGAGAAGAGAAAGCUCGUAUAAUAGAAGAAGCCAAAGCAGCUGAAGUGGGUCGAAAAAAGGCUGCAGCAGAAGCUAGAGAAGCUGCAGCGGAAGCUAGAAGGAAAGUAGAACUUGAAAGAGAAGCAGCACGUCAGGCAUUAGAGAAGAUGGAGAAGACAGUCGAUAUUAAUGACAAUAGUCUGUUAAUGGAAGAUCUGGAAAUGUUUAAAGCUGCUCCAGAUGUCAACUUACACGGCAUCAUAGAGGAGACGAAUCUCGAUCACUCUCAAAAUGGUCUCGGCAGUUUCAAAUUUCGGUCGAGCAGUAAUCGCUUGGAGCAACUUGGAUUGUACAUGAAGAUGGACGAGGAAGAAAAAUGAGGUGAAACCUCAAAGCAUUCCAGAUACGUUACAUGAACCGAGAGGAGACAUCGAUUGAUCAAGUACUCGCGUGUGAUUUCAGGUUUUAACAACCACAAGGUCGAAGAAGAUUAAUAAAUCGAGUAACUCUUCAUCCAAAUUUUACAAUUUCGAGGCGAAAUUGGCAAAAUUUGCAAUAGAACCCUUGAAUUAGGUAAAAAUGGUGGUUCUGGAGAAAAGAUAUCGGAGAUGUCUAUAUUUUCCAUUUUUUUAGCAGCAGUACGAUACUAGAACAAUACUCUUGAACUUGAGGAACCAGACGCAAAAUGAGGGAGUUGACAACAAAUGUUAUGAGAACCGCAAUUGUAACUAUAGCGAAUAACAAGGCAAGCGACCACUACUUGGUUUUGUGUUUUGUUUUGAGUCUGUCCACGUCAAGUUCGAUAAACCAUUCCAGGUCGUCCCAAAAUGGAGGAAAUUAGGGCUGGACUCUCCAACCUUCCAUGUAAUAUGACUAUGAAUUCCCAAUCUUUUAAAAUGAAGUUUUGAGUCUCCAACCUUUUCAAAUUUGUGAAUUUAAAUCCCCACAUGACAAAUACCUUCAAUGUGAACCUCAAAAUUGUGUGCGAUUUUUAGUUGAAUUUAAGAGAAAUGUUAAAUGGUUUGAUAAUUUCGCCCUCUUAACUUUAUGUAGUGUAAAAGUCAUUUCUAAUUUUGAUGUCCACAUGAAAGACUUUGAUCAUGUAGGGACCAAAUUUAUUGACUAAUUUAAAGAGGUUGAGAAACUAAAUCUUCACUUUUGAAGGUUGAGAAUCCAAAACUGCAUUAUGUAAAAAGUUGGGAUCCUACUCC